AUGGUUGUGCCAACGGAUAAAAGGUCCAAAGAGGUACCCGAUCAAUCUGAAGUCAUCGGCAAGUCUUCCAGUGAGCGACCACCUUCCUAUUCGGCCAACCAGGUCGAGCAGCCGCCCCUAGAAUUGCCACAGCUGGAUCUGAGUUCCCAUCCACCUUCUUCGACUUCCAUCACUCGCGAUCAGUGUGUUGCACAUCUCAAGUUUCUGGCUGUGCUUGCAGAUCUGCGAGAUACUAUCUCUAGUGAUGACGGGCUUUUUGGUAUCCACGAUGCCGAAGCUGAAAGAUUCCCGAAUUCACUGAAUGAAGCGCGGGCUCGUCUUCGCGAAAAGCGCUGGGCUGUAUAUACAGCGCGUGCGGUGGAUCGAUAUACCAAGUGGUGGUCUAUUGGCCUCCCGCGGUCAAGACCGAUGGCAACUAUUACUGACUUGGAGUGUAUCGACUAUGAAAACAUCCUUAAUUGUGGUACUAUAGUUGCGUGGAGCACGGACAAUCUACCCCCGCUGGAUAUUUUGAUGGUCUGGCAUGCUCAUUCGUUGAAUCCUCGGAACUUCCUUGAGGAUUGCAUUCGAUACGGCAAGAUUAGCACCUGGGCAACGGGAUUUCCAUGGGAAGUGAUAGAUCGCUGCAUUAACAAUCACACGAUGGAGUAUACAGUUUCUGAACAAGCCCAGCGGCUGUUCGAGCAGAAACUGAACUUCAAGUGGAACAAUCUGGACGACCCGCCGGCCAAGCAAGUCAACUGCCCCUGCUGUGGACGGGCGAACGCUGUCCCGUGGACAGAAGCUCGCUUUGGGGGAAUUGUUGCCUACGCCUUCAAAUUUAGCAAUGGCUACGCCGAUUAUUCAUUUGAGGUGAAAUGCGUCGGCUGUCAACACAUGAUCGACCAUGGCCGGCUCAAGGUGGCAAAGUUUCGAAAAGACCUUGAAGCAAGUCUUUACGAAGACCUCCCUAUGCCCGGGUCGUUCACCAAUCUUUAUGGAAUCCCCGAGGGGGGCUCAACUGCUAAUACCAAUCAUCAGCCCCCCCGGGGCAUGCUAUUCCCCACACGAAUCGUCCAGGCUGCCAGAAAGGACUUGUUGCAAUUCACUGAUGCUCGAGUGGAUCGGUGUCAGAAUAUCACCCAACUGAGGGAACUACUUGAGACCAAGCUACGCGACAAAAACAUUUUGUGGAAAGCACAUGGUGUCUACCUUAAACGUUUUGAGUAUGCCGAGAAGAUCCAAUUCCGAAGAAUGAUGUCUCGAUACUGGGAGAACCUCGGUCCCUUCGCGCUAGACCUUGUGGGCGCUGUUAUCAGACAAGGCACUUUCGUGGAUAAAAUGGACAAAAUCGACUGGCUGCACUCGCCGACAGUCUUCAACACUAUGGACCGACUGAUCAAAAAGUACGAAGUGUUCUUCGGGAUCAUGAUUGAAAACCCAGAUAGGAUGGCUGUGCCCACACUGGACGUCGACCUAGCCUGGCACACACACCAACUCAGCCCCUCGCGGUACUACGAAUACAGCACGUCGAAGGUAAAAUUUGGUGGUAAUCGUAUGCUCAUCGACCACGACGACAAAGUCGACGAGGGAAAACUCUCCGACGGCUUUGCCUGGACCAGCAAGAUGUACCGCCGUGUCACCGACGGCGGGUUAUACAGCGAAUGCACCUGCUGGUACUGCGAGGCGACACGAACACCAGACCUGUAUAGCCGGUGGAUCACCGUUCGCUCGGCCUCGGUCUCUCGCGCCCAAGCCGCUGCAGACCUCUUGCAUGAUCGCCCCGAUGUCUCGUCCGACCCAAACAAGAACCCACAUAUCUCUUCGCACAACGCCGUCCGGCCAACAAACACGUACCACCGGGCUGAGCGGCAUAACGCUUUGCAACGUGUGCGUCUACGGAGCGACUACGAAAAGGCUUCCCGGCGUGCUGAGAAGCGGCGUCAACGAUCCAACUCCAAAUCUUCUAAUUAUCAGGGCGACGCUUCAGCAUACUACAUGCCUUAUGCAUAUGGGUACCCCAUUGUUAUGCCAUAUUAUGCACCGUAUAUGAUGGACCCGUCCAUCAACUGUGAUUCGUACGCAUCUAACCCUGGCUGCAUGAAUGUCACUGUAGGCGCCGCUGGGAACUGUUGUUCCGGCACGUGUGGUGGUGCUGUAGCCGCAGGUGGCUGCGCAGGAGGCAGUGGUACUGGAGGGUGUGGCGGAUCAGGUGGUGGCGGUGGUAGGUCUUCUUUAUUGCAUCCGAUAGACGGAAUUACAUACUGA